CGCUCACGGCCUAGCCCCGCCCCCUGCCGCAGGCCCGCCCUGCGCUGUCUCACCGCGUUUCUUGCGUGUGACGUAGUACGCUGCGCUGGGAGCGGAAGUGAGGUCAUCAGCGCAGGCGGAAGCAGUGACGGUUCGGGUGUGAGGGGGACGAGAUGAAUUCCAGAGGAGUUGGAUCUCAGCUUAAGGAUAGCAUCCCAAUUGCCGAAUUUUCAGCUAGUGGAGCAUUUGGAGGUCAUGAUAUUCUACGCAGAGGCUUUACAAGUGUAAAAAAUGAACUUUUGCCCAGCCAUCCUUUGGAACUGUCAGAAAAAAAUUUUCAGCUAAACCAAGAUAAAAUGAACUUAUCGACUCUGAGAAAUAUUCAAGGACUCCAUGCACCGCUAAAGCUGCAAAUGGAAUUCAAAGCAGCAAAGCAGAUCCAACGUCUUCCAUUUCUGCAUAGCUCAAAUAUAGCGCUGGAUACACUGAGAGGAAAUGAUGAAUGCAUUGGUUUUGAGGAUAUUCUUAAUGACCCAUCGCAGAGUGAAGUUAUGGGAGAACCACAUGUGAUGGUGGAAUACAAGCUUGGUUUAUUGUAACACAAAUGUAGUCCGAAACUAUUGUUCAUGAAAACAUUUCUUGUAUGUGUCUUUAUACUAUACUACAGGUUCAGUGUACAAUAUUAAUAUUACAUUGACACAAUGUUUUUGUUAACUUACCCACAAGAGAGCUCUUGCCUUACUUGAUGAAUAGGCACAUUAAAUGUUUAAAGUCUAUUAUGAUUUAUUCUCUGCUUACUGUCAAUAUAAAUGUCCUACAACUGGGUAUUUUAAAACUGUACAAGAAGACGACUUCAUAUAUUGCUCAGGACAAUAGCCGCUUAGUUUUUGAAAUAUUAUACAUAUUCUACAAGAAGUCCAAAAAUGCAUGUGCAUUUUAAAAUUGAUUACUGUAGGUAAAUGCAGGGAAUGCAUGUUCUUGCAAAAGAACUUUUUGAAUAUAAAACAGGCAUUUUCCACUGAAUCUCUUUUGUUCUUGAAAUCUUUUAAACAUCUAAUAAAAAAAAUUGCUAUAAAUGCUCUGGUUUCCAAAAUAUAUUUAAUAACUCAAGUCCCUGACCUCCAACCCAAGCAAUGUUACUCUCGUCACUUGCAGCCCCUUUAAGGAACCUCAGUAGCUCACUGGUAGAAAAGAACCCUGCCACACACGUUUGUCUGCCCCAGCUAAGAUGUCAGAGAUGCUCAUUCACUGGAGCUCAGUUGCCCCUUAGGAUAGACUUAGACACUUCUCCCUAGGAAGAGUUGGGAGCUGAAUUUGGCUUUACGUAGCUACUUUUGAGGGGGGAACCCCUCCUUUGGAUUUCACAACAGCCUCACUGGGCACUAUUGCUCUGUGGAAUUAGAGCUCCUGUAGCCCUAUUUUGGGCUGACUAUGUUCCAGCCUACAGGACACUUAAAAUAACCACUUAGCAACAUUUAAGGGAAAAAUACCACUGUGGAGAAAAAAUGUAAAGUUCAAAAUGUUUGUAUGAAACAAAGGCACAUCUGACAGACUGCAUCACAGAAGUGUUACAGUAAGAACAUGAAUUUUUAUUUUACAUAACGGCAGAACAUAAAAUUAAAACUGAACUGACUUGGUUGUAAGUAAACAAGCUCAUCUGGGGAUAACCAAAGGGAGAUUCUAAAAUUAAAAGCUAUACAAAUGCAUCUUUUAUAAAUGAAUAGCCAGAUAAAAGCUGUUUUCUGUAAGUUUAAAGGGUGUUUUUUAAUUUAAAUUACACAGGCUGUGUUAUAAUUAACUUUGAAUAGCUUGUAUGCAUAACGUAUUCUAAAUCCUUGCAAGAAGUUUAGGACAGUUCUCCUGUUAAUUCUCUUCCCAUACAACGGUAAAAGUGUGUAAUGUACAUUUUGAGAAUGUAACCAGCAUCUUUUAGAAGCAGGGUCCUAUCGCAAGAAUUAUGCUCCAGUUUCUGAACUUUCUU